AUGUUCGACUAUGCUGCUCAUGACAUCCUAACGCCGUCCGAACAGCCUCCAACUCUGUUACCGCUCCUCGUCCAGCACCAAGAUCUGGGCGCGCACGACCCCAGAGACCAUGUUUAUGGUAUGCUUGGUUUGUAUCAAGGUGCUCUGGAGCCGCGGGUGUUGCCACCGUUGCUUCGGCCGGAUUACACAAAGUCUAUUGCAGAGGUCUGCCGUGAUGCCACCAGAUUUGCUCUCGAAGAGCAGGGCGAUCUGCAGGUACUGCUACAUUUGUUCCACCGGCGACUUGAAACGCCAGAGGAGCGGGAACUGCCUUCCUGGGUGCCUCGAUGGCACCGAGCAUGGAACCGCGAGCUUGAUGCGCGGCGUCUGAGUUACUUCUUCCGGGCGGACGGUGGCAUGGCGAUGGAGUUGCUGCCUUCCAAUGGACCAAAUGAGCUGGUGCUGAAAGGCAGAGUGGUUAGUACUGUUAUGGAAGCCACCAACAAGCUCAGCUACGAAGCUUGGAGAAGUGUCGCGGCAAUGCAAGCCUUCCUUUCCUCGGUAGAGCAGUCGACGUCUCGCGCACAACACAGUAUCAAGGGUAGUCAGGACACAUCUGCAGUCGCCCUGGCUUUGAUAGCCGACCGAAACAGCGAAGGCAAACCUGCUCAGGCUGCGGACGCCGCCGGCUACUCGUCCUUUGCUCGCUACAUUCAGGCCGGGCGCAUGCCGCCCACGCUGCAAGACCUUAGAGCAGCAGUAAAGAAUGCUGCCGCGGACCUCGAUGCAGACAACGCUGCACACUUCCACCAAGCCAUGCUCCGAGCAUGCACCAACAGAAAAUUCUUCCUAUCAACAGCCGGGGCAAUUGGCUUGGGACCGCAAGACAUGCGAGCCGGUGACCUGAUCUGCGUGCUGUACGGGUGCUUGUGGCCGGUUGUGUUACGAACGUUGGGAGACAAUUAUGAGGUCGUGGGGGUUUGCUAUAUGCAUGGCAACAUGUAUGGCGAAGCUGUGCGUGAGCAGAGACAGCCGGGUGGAGUCGAGACUACCUUCACGCUUAUCUAA